CUGAUUGGUGCCCAUUUCCACAAUCCAAUUCGAGUAGAUACAUGCCAGUCAAUACUCAACCCACAAACAGAACCUCAAUACCUCCCUUGUUUCUGUUUGCAAAUCUAACAUCAUUAUACAUCCAACGAUAGAUAACAUGAGAUCGUUAGUCACUGAAACUCCCCAGCCCCAAGGCCAGCAACUCAUGAACAUUAAGCUUGAUGAUAGUGAGAAGCCGAUUUCGGCCAUCGCGGCCAGGACAGUUCCCACCCAACCCCCGCCUUAUUCUGCCUUUUCUCCUAGACAAAAGAGAUGGAUUAUCUUCAUCGCAUCUUUAGCUGGGUGGUUUUCUACGGCCAGUAGUUUCGUUUACUUUCCAGCUAUACCCUUCUUAGCCAGGGACACCAAAGUUUCAGUCGAGAAUAUCAACCUCACGGUAACCUCGUAUCUGAUAGCCUCUGGAAUCUUCCCGUCUAUAACUGGAGAUGCCGCCGAUAGAUAUGGCCGUCGUCCAGUUAUCAUUGUGUGUCUUUGCAUAUAUGCGGCGGUAAAUGUUGGUUUAGCUAUCCAAAGGUCCUUUGCAUGCCUCUUCGUUUUGCGUAUGGUACAGAGCGCCGCAAUAUCUGGAACAUUCUCUAUCGCUUAUGGGAUCAUUGGCGACUUAACUACACCAGCUAAUAGGGGAGGAUACACCGGAUUUGUUUCUAUAUUUCUGAAUACACCUCCAAGCAUUGCCCCUUUAAUUAGCGGGUUGCUUCUCAUUCGAUGGAAUUGGCCCUCCAUUUUUUGGUUUUUAACGAUUGCAUCGUCAACAGUGCUCAUAUUUAUUCUCCUCCUCCUACCAGAAACAUGCAGAAGCAUCGUUGGGAAUGGCAGCUAUUGGCCACCGUUGAUCAAUCUACCUCCCAUCACUCUGUUGUGUGCAUUAAGGCAACGGGAUACAAUUCAAAGGCCGGAUCAAAAGGUCCGGACAGGAUUACUUAACCCCCUUUCCGUCCUUUCUCUGCUGAAGAACCGUUCGACUUUGGCAGCUGUAUUGUGUUAUGGGAUCUACUACACUAUUUAUUCAUGUUUACAGGCCUCAUUAUCUACAGUAUUUGUUGAAACAUACAGCAUCACUGGACUGGUAGCAGGUCUUUCAUAUCUACCUUUUGGAGUCGCAUGUGCCACUUCUGCUUUCGUCGCUGGGAAAAUAAUCGAUAGGGAUUAUCGAAAAACUGCAGAGGCCAGGGGAAUGCAUGUUGAUCAGUUACGAGGGGAUAAUGUCUCUAAGAUUCCAAUCGAGUAUAUACGGCUGCGAACAAAUAAGUAUCAUAUAGCUUUUUGCGCACCCCUGGUUGCUGGAUACGGAUGGAGUCUUCAACUAAAGGCUCAUAUGGCUCUACCCCUAGUUCUUCAAUUUUUUAUUGGUUUUACCAUGCAGCCUCUUUUCACGUCACUCAAUACGCUCCUAGUGGACUUACAUCCAAAUCGGUCGUCCUCAGCCCAAGCUGCGAAUAAUCUCAUUAGGUGCGAAUUUGCAGCGGUAGGCCUAGCGGUGCUAGAACCUAUGAUUCGGGCGCUAGGCCCAGGGUGGUGCUUUGUUAUAUUCGCCGUUGUUCAUUGUCUGACUCUUCCCACGCUCUGGGUAUUAGGGAGAAUGGGCCCAAAGUGGCGUUUCAGGGAGGACAGUUAGCCCUUGUAUAGGUGGUGCCUUUAGGCCAAUAUUUGGGUUGACCUUAUACUCGACGAAUGUUGGAAACAAUGUUACCCUACCUACCUGUAGCAUUCUUUUGCCGCGCGAAGGCUUAAUGCGCAUGAUAAAUCAAGAAAGAUUUCCGUCGAUAGCUUGUCUCUGAGAAACCAUGUAGAAGAUACCUAUGCCAUUGGCGUGUUAGACAUAAUGUAGCUUAUCAUUUUUGAGAUAUCUUCUGAUGAAUGUCAGGAUGUAGGGACUGAGCCCUAUGCUGGGUGAUUCUCACCUGCUAAUUGAGCCAAACCACCAAAGGACGAGAACUUACAAGUCGGACAACUUGUGGUCUAUUGCAGGUCCUGUGGCUAGUCCGUGGCAUGAAAUCAAAGAAAUGAUCUCUUACUGUGAUGGCGGUCUCAGGGGUUAUCUAUUUCUGAGUAGCAUAUUACCUUAGAAAUUGAUCACUGCAAAGGACCAUGCAAUCAAAUUAUAGUGUACACAUUUGUUAAUAAACUUAGCUUAAUUAAUUGAUUAUAUUUCAAUACAAAUCUC